GAUAUUUUGGAUAUCGGAUUCGGUUAGAUUUACCCGAUAACUAAACAUAACCCAAACUAAAUCAAACAUAUGCAUUGGUAUACCUACCAUGUGUGUUACGGAUUAUAUGUUUUGAGUUUUUAAUUAUCAUCACUGUAUUUGAAUGCUAUAAAUUUCAGAUGUUGCUUUUUUGAAUUUGAUAUGUAUUGUAUACUUUUUUUUCAGUUUAAGUAUUAAAUUUUCCAUGUUUAGACUUUUAAUUAUGUAUUUUACUUGAGUAUAAUCCGAACCGAUCUAAAUAAUAUGAACUCAAUCGAUAUAUGAUUAUUUUAUGGGCUUUAGGAUAUAAUACAAAACCAAUCCAAAACUAAUGUGUUAUAUCUAAAUUCGAUCGCUACUUACAAAUUUAUUAGAAUGAGACCUAACACGUUUUACUAAUAAAACAGAAAUCCGAAAACCCAAUCGGAAUUCGACGGGAACACAAAGGCUUAGGUACAAUAGUGGAACAUGUUUCAAAUAUCUCUUAGAUGGGCCGUGACCCCAAAUUGAUCCCAUUUCUUUUAGCUGGUCCCCACGUGGUAUCAAUGGGCCCAACAUUACUUCCACAAGAAAACUUGUCCCUGAGAGCAGAGUCCGGAUCGGAGAUAAAAGCUCUGUUCUUCUUGUCUAAUGCCCGUAUGGUGCUCGAGCUAAUGACCACAUAGAUCACAACAAGUUCCUUUUAAAUAUAUUUUUGAAAUAUUCAGCAUUGUUAUAUUAAAAGAAUCAGUUUAUAUAGUAAAGAUGUUUCGAAUGCCUUUUGUAGCAGCAUGGGACAAGUCAUGUAAAUCAUCUUCAAGCUCUGUAGAUCUUAUAAUUCCAAGAGGAUAAUUUUCUAUUGGCCCUCUCAGAUUCUAUGGUCAUUGCACAUUUGCACUAUCGUAUCAUAUCUCACUGUUCGAGACUUCGAGUUAAGGUAACUUCAACUCUGUGUCUGAGUCUGUCGAGUCGUUAAUGUUUUCUUGCUAUCCACGUAAACUGAAUCUGUCAAAGUACAUAUCAGGCGGUGGUUGGAUUGAGUUUGGAUAGAUCAACGGCUUAACUCUUACCGGAGGUGGUGCAGCUGCAUUGUAGCAAAGGAAUGCUAUGUAAGAAAAAAAAAAUACUUAGAGGAAUGUUCAUCUUUAUCUUUCUUCUUCUGGUGAAGAAAAAACAAAGUAGCAACAGAGGAAGUGAAGCUGUCUCUUCUUCUUGUAUAUACGCGUUUGAUUUGAGCUAAAUAAAAGGAAAAAUAAACUAUUUUUUUCCCUUGCAACAAAACUUAUUAAAAUGUCAAGUGUACACUAGGCCUCUCUUUCUUGUUGUAUCGUUGUUGACUUCUGAAUCCAAUCAACAGAUAAUAAGCCAAUAUUCGUUUUUUUUUAAUCAAAAAUAAGCCAAUAUUCAAGACUUCAACAAAUAAAAGACGUGAAAAACUAAAUCAAGUGGACAGACUAGCCAAUAAGAUUAGACGGAGAUAACAAAAUAAAGCGUUUCACCAAACUCGGUCUAUUUUAACAACGUUGUGUGUAUGGAGUCUGCUUAGAGCCGCCAAAUAAAAAUGGUUUCAAGAAUUCCAAGUCAACGGUCAACGAGAGCAUAUAAGCUCCAUCUAUAUAACAGUUUCACUAAAAAUCUGUAAGUCUCCUUAUAGCCGACAUGGAAAGAACUCAAGACCUCUAUGCCAAUGGUCAGCAGAACAUAGAAGCAAACCUCGCAGAUCAGGAGGAAAUGAAUAACACCAUGGAGAUCGAAUCAUCUCCCAUACCUCAAGUUCAACCAAAGAAUUGUAAAAGGUGGCUUCGUAUCUCCAUUUAUGUAUUCUUUGUCCUCUCCUGCCAAGCACUUUCCACAAUUCUUGGAAGAUUGUAUUUUGAAAAUGGUGGUAAGAGCACAUGGAUGGGAACACUUGUCCAACUAAUAGGCUUCCCUGUUCUGUUUCUCUUCCGCUUCCUUUCCAAAACCAAAACACCAAAAUCAACAGAUAUAAGUCUCAGAAAGUUCCCUUCCUUCAUCACCCUUGGAUCAGUUUACAUUGUCACUGGACUAUUAGUGUCUGCUAACUCUUACAUGUCUUCUGUUGGGUUACUCUACUUGCCAGUUUCAACUUUCUCCCUCAUCUUAGCGUCACAACUAGCCUUCACAGCCUUCUUCUCAUACUUCCUAAACUCGCAGAAGUUCACACCGUUCAUAGUCAAUUCUUUGUUUCUUCUCACCAUCUCCUCUGCUCUCCUUGUUGUCAACACUGAUGAGUCACAAAGCACAACAAAUGUUUCUAGUAGAGUAAAGUAUGUGAUAGGGAUCAUAUGCACCAUUGGUGCGUCUGCUGGCAUUGGACUGCUUCUAUCUCUAGUACAACUGAUCCUCAGGAAAGUUUUAAAGAAACAUACAGUCUCAACGGUCAUGGACUUGGUCGCCUACCAAUCUCUAGUUGCAAGCUGUGUGGUUCUCAUUGGACUUUUUGCAAGCGGUGAGUGGAAGACUUUGACAAGUGAGAUGGAAAACUAUAAACUUGGAAAAGCACCAUAUGCUAUAACUUUGGCCUCCAUAGCUAUUUCAUGGCAAGUCUACACCAUUGGUGUUGUGGGGUUGAUCUUUGAGUCAUCUUCUGUGUUCUCUAAUUCCAUAACUGCUGUGGGAUUGCCUAUUGUUCCUGUUGUGGCAGUGAUAGUUUUUGGUGAUAAAAUGAAUACGUCUAAGAUCUUCUCCAUCAUUUUAGCUAUAUGGGGUUUCAUUUCAUUCGUCUAUCAGCACUACCUAGAUGAAAAGAAAUUGAAGCUUAGCCAUACAGAUCAUGUAGGAGGUCCUCCUCUACCUGUUGAUGAAGGUCGCACAAACAUACAAAUCGUAUAAUCAUGCAUAUAUCCUGUAUACAUUAUAUGUCUUUACGUACAGUUUAAGCAUAAUGUAUAUACAAAAAUUUGUAACUCUAUUCGGACAACAAUUCAGUUUUGACUUUUGAGUUAUAAGUAACUGAGCAAAAUGAAUAUAGCAAAGGUUUUUUUACCACAAAUUUUGUCAGUUUUGGUGUACAAUUUUCAAAACGAUUAAAGCCAGUAGAUUACUGCCAAAAUAAAUUAUAUUUUGUCUUCAAGAAUUCUCCAAGCUAAGACCAUCUCCAAUGUACUUCAUUUUUUACUUUUUGCUUUAUUUUGAAGCAAAUUUUGCUCCAAUAGUGCUUCAUUUCUUGCUUCAAAAUGAAGCAAUAUAACUUCAAAUUUAAAGCAAUACUGUUCAUUGCUUUAUUUUUUCAAAUUAAGAACUUUAAUUCAUUUAAAUUUGAAGCAAUACGGUUUAUUGCUUCAUUUUUGAAGCUGAACUUUCUAAAUUAUAAAUUGGUCCUUAAUUUUUGUUUGUUUCUAUCUUUUACCAAAAUAAAUUAUAUAUGUCAAUAAUAUCCAAUCAAUUUUAAAAUUUUGACAAUUCUAUUCAUCUAACUAGAUAUUUAUAAUGAAAAACAUGAGAAUAUUCAUUUAAAGAACUUUAAUUCGUUUUAAAAUAAUGAAAGAUAAAUAAUAUCACAUUUUACUUCUAAACACUUUUAUUAAUCAUUUAAAGAAAAAUAUAUAUAUAUAAGAUGUCUCUUUUUCUUACAAAAUAUUGUGUUAUGUGUUUGUUUAUUUAUGUUAUGUAGUAGUAUUUUAGAAUGAUAAUGUUUGAUUUAUAUUAAAUAAUAAUUAUGUUAAAUUAUUGUUAAAACAAAAUACUUGGGUAAAAUUACAAAAUAUGAAAAAGUAUAAAAUAUUAUUAAUAAUUAAUGAUAAAGGGGAUAUGGAAUAUAUUUGGAAUAUUCCUUUUACAAAAAAAAGAAAUGAAUCAAUCCAUUGGAGGAAAUGUGCUUCAUUUUUUGCUUUAUUUUGAAUAAAGUACAAUUUUGAAACUGAAAAUGAAGCCAACCAUUGGAGAUGCAUUAAAUGGAAUCAGAAAAAUGAAAGUCAAAAAGUCAACAAUAGCCUACUAGAUUAUUGAUGCUGCUCUGCUGUCCCUAUCACGUGCAUCUAAACAUAUUUAAUAGGGAAAUUGGGGAUCAUGUCCAUAGUGGAAUAAAAACUAAGUGUAUAACCAUAACAAAAAAAUAGGCUAUGAUAUUUAUAUAUUAUUUGCCAUAUUAUCCUUUCUCAUUUUCACCUCUCUUUUUAAUUAACUUUAUAAGUUUAAAAAAUUAUAAUUUGAAUUUCUUAUAUACUUAUAAAAAACAUAGAAUUUUUUUCGUAUAUGACAUGUUUUGAAUUUUGUAAAACUAACAUAUAUUUAUAAAAUUGAAUAUAUACAAUAAUAAUAAAGUUUUGUUCUAUUCUAUUACAUAAAGUUAUAUAGAAUAGUAGCGAUAAAAUUCAUCUUUCCUUAAUCUCUCCUUCAAUCUCCCUCUCCAAUCUCCAUCCACAUAUCCCUCUUUCUUUUCCUUCUCCCUCUCUCUUUCACUUAUUUUUUCCUUCUCUCUCUCUAAUAUAUAAUGUUCAAAUAUUAUAUUGUUGUAUUCUAUUCUAUUAUAUUCUAUUUAUAAAGUAUAAAAUAGAAUAGAAAUUACACUUUUUCUUUCUCCUCUUUUUCCCCUCCCAGAUUUUCUCUCUCUCUCUCUCUCUCUCUCUCUCUCUCUCUCUCUCUCUCUCUCUCUCUCUCUCUCUCUCCAUUUUCUUCUUUGUACUUCUUUCCUCUUCUUUUUUCAUCAUCCCAUCGUGUUCUUUAUACUCUUCUAUUUAUUUUUUACAUCUUUCCAGCUUCCUCCGUAACUUCUCUUUUCAUUUUUUUAUCAUCCCCGUCUUUGCUUUUCUUCCUCUCCCCUUACUCUCAAUAUUUUUUUUCAUAUACAUAUAUCCACAUGCUAUACUAUAUGGUCAUCAAAUAUAGAAUGGUAUAUUUUAUUUUGUAAUAUAUCAACUAAUUAUGUUAUUUAACAUAAUUUAUUUUACAUUAAACACUUGUCCUACGAAUAAAUAUGCUUGUUCAUAUUGUCUACUGAUUAAAUUGCAUUGAACCCUAUAAAUAAAUAGUACUAAAAAAUUAUAUUAUUCUCUAUUGUUACAUUUAUGUUCGAAAUAAUCCAUUCUAUAUUGACAACAUAAAUAGAAUAGUAUUGGUUGUAGCGUGUGAUAUACACACAUUCACGCGCUCGUAAAUAACUAUAAUGUCCAAUAAUGUGGCAAAUUGACACAUUUUUCAACACAUAGCUAUAUUCUUCAUUUUUUUCCAAUAUGGUUAUACAGCAAAAUCACCCUAUUUAAUAAUGUAACUUGUGUGUGUGGGGGUGGGGGGGGUACCAAGUUGUGUACGAAGAGAACUCUCAAAGAAAUAACAACCAAAAAUGAUAGUUUAAAAUUUUUGUUGUCACUUUCUCAAUUUUUAAUGGACAUAACUCAAGAACUUUAUGCCAAUGGUAAAGAAGAAGCAACUGAUAUUGUAGAUUGUUUGAAGCUUUUUUUCAUAAAUAAUCAUGAGUGUCAAUGUUUCAGGCGACCAGAAUUUAGAAGCAAACCUGAUAAAUCAUGAGGCAACUGAAUCAUCAUCAUCAUCAUCAUCAUCAUCUGUACCUCAAACCAAGAACUAUAAAAAGUGGCUCUGUCUCUCCAGCUAUUUGUUCUUUGUCCUCUUCUGCCAACCACCUACAAUUUUUGGUAGAUUGUACUAUGAAAUGGUUGGGAAAUCACACAUGUGGUAACAUUUCUCCCCAUCUUGGGUUUUCCUUUUUUGAUUUUCUUUAGCUUCUUUCACAAAUCAAACAACCCAAAUCAACAGAAAUAAAUUUCAACAUGUCUUCUUCCUUCACAAUUCUUGCAUCAAUUUACAUGUGCACUGGACUAUCUGUAUGCAAUUGGUUUACUCUACUGACCUGUUUACGAGUGAGAUGAGAAACUACAAACUUCGGCAAGUUUCCUAUGUGACCUUUGGCAUCAACAGCUAUUUCUUGGAAAGUCUACACAGGUGGUUUGUGGGGGUUGAUCUUCGAGUCAUCUUAUGUGUUCUCCAAUUCCACAACUGCUGUGGGAUUGCCUAUCGUUUCAAUCAUAGAUGUGAUAGCUUUUCAAUGAUAAACUGGAUGCAGUGAAGAUCUUCUUCAUCAUUUUAGUUAUUUAGGGCUUCCUUUCAUUUGUCUAUCAGAUAAAAAAGAAGUUAAGGACUAUUAGAGACAAAGUCUCCCAAAUCGGUAAUUGCAGAAGAUCCUUAGUAAUAUAUAAGAUAGAUGAGUCAAUCUACUCUUCACCAAUUGGUUUUAGGUUGGAAGCACAUCUAUCUUAAUAUGGUAUCAGAGCCCGAUCCAUACAAUCCAACCCGAUCCACCACAUCGGUUUGGCCCAAAAUUGGCCCAUCGAUCUUUGCCUAAACAUUCCGAAAUUGACGCUAAGAAAACAAUCAUCUCGAAGGAGCGUACAAAGUCUUCCACAUCAGUAGUUACAAAAAAACCUUAUUAAUAUAUAAAAUAGAUGAGCCAGUCUAGUUAUCACCAAUUAAUUUUAGGUUGGAACCACAGCUAACUUAACAAUGACUUGCGACAAAAACCAGGUCAAAGAUGACACAAAUUUGAUACGUUUAUGUAAUUUUCGUAAUGGUCCAUGUAAAUGGGAUGCAUGUCUCUCUAUACAGCUUGAGCCAUCGUUUCUUAAUGUCUUUUCUUAGAAAGAUAGGCCAUCGUUUCAGCUUAACCUCAACAUUAUCUUGAUUAGAAAAAACUUCAAGACUAGACAGACAAACAAACACCAAAGUGUGUUCCUAAUCAAUCCACAUGUCUCAUCAUAAGAGAAAGAUAGCCACACAAAACAAGUUUACGUUUGUCUUUGAGUUAUGUUAAUUUUUAAUUUUUUUUUUGAAUAAAUGUUAAAUUUAUUUGAAAUAAAAAAAAUUGUACAAAGAAUACAGCUCUAUUUAAAAUGUAUUUACUAUAGAGCUAAAUUUAAGUUAUUUGUGUUUUCUUCUUCAACGAUUUGCAAACCACUCCUGCAAAUAAUGUUCAAAUCUCCCAUUCUGCCACGAAGCGAAUCAAUACGAUUCCAAAUCAGCUUGUCAAUGAUGUGUUGAUGUUUCACCAUUAAAAUGAAAAGGCAAAAUUUCAAAAUUUAAAUCCAUCUUGACUCAAAUCAUAUCUUGGUCAAUAAUUGUCGUAUCUUCAAAAAUUAAAUUCAUGACAAGACUAGAGAUAUUUAUAGAUGGGCAUGUACUCGAUGUGGGGACAUGUAACAUGUUACAAUGAAUACUUAACAAUGAUCUGUCCCGAAUCACUGAAUAUAUAGCUAGCAUUUGGUAGCAUAUUAUCAACCAAGAGAACUGAUAAUAAUACCUAAUACUCUAGCUCCUCCUUGUCCCAUCUCCAAGGAGGUAUAUUCCACAUCCACCAUGAAGGGUGAUCAAGAACUACAAGUCAUCGUAGUUCAGCAUGGAAAAGAAUCAGACCCAACAGUUGAAGAAGAAAGAAACCAAACAGGAGAAUCUCACUCAAACAGAUACAAACGGUGGCUCCUGGUGUCUGUCUACACAUUCUUUGUCAUUUCCGGACAAUCAGUUGCUACAAUUCUAGGAAGACUAUACUAUGACAAUGGAGGAAACAGCAAAUGGCUAGCAACUGUAGUUCAACUUGUAGGCUUUCCUGUUCUGCUUCCUUAUUAUCUCUUGUCAAGCAAAACACACACAACAACUCAUAGAGAUGAUGGCAAAGCAGUCUUACAUAGGAACCGUGUCUUAGUUUACUUAGCUCUUGGGGUUCUUGUAGGAGGAGAUUGUUACCUUUACUCUAUUGGACUGCUUUACCUACC